AACAAACCCCACCCAAAAAUUCUAAGAGAUACAGAAAAAUGUCAUCAUCUUCAAAUUUCUUCAAAUCGCAACAACCAUCUCAAGACUUCAAAGAGUUCCUCUCCACUCUACCCAGAGAAAAAGGAUUCUCAAAAGACUCUCUCUACCGCUAUCAUUAUCAAGGUUUCUGGUACGUGGAAGUCCUUCUGGAAGCUGUGAUUUCAUGCCAAGAACAUUUCCAAGCGGCAGAUUCCGACGUCUUCGUCGCCUCCACUCCGAAAUGCGGCACCACGUGGCUGAAGGCGAUCGCCUUCGCCCUACUUAACCGGAGGCGGCACCCAGCCACCUCCGGAGACCACCCCCUCCUCUCCAGCAACCCUCACGACCUCGUGCCCUUCCUCGAGACAGGCUUCUACGGCAGCCGCAAAGCCCUCGACAUCGCCUCGUUCCCCUCCCCGCGCCUCCUCUCCACGCAUGUGCCCCAUUCCUCCCUGCCGGAGUCGAUGAGGAGCGGCUCCAAGUGCAAGAUCGUGUACGUGGCGAGGGACCCAAAGGACGCCUUGGUGUCGGAGUGGCACUUCUUGGCCAAGGCGGGGGUGCUGGAGAUGACGAUGGCGGAGGCCUUUGGGCAAUUUUGCGAGGGAUUGAACAGCUAUGGGCCCUUUUGGGAUCAUGUUCUUGGAUAUUGGAAGCAGAGCUCGGAAAACCCUAAGAGGGUUUUGUUCCUCAAGUACGAGGAUAUGAAGGCGAGGCCGGCUGCGGAGGUGCGCCGCGUGGCGGAGUUCCUCGGCUGCCCCUUCUCCGCCGAGGAGGAGGAAGCUGGGGAGGUUGAUGGGAUCGUGGAACUGUGUAGCUUUGAAGCUCUCAGUGGAUUGGAAGUGAACAAGAAGGGGAAGCAAGAGGUGACUGGUAUAGAUAAGAGUGCUUUCUUUCGUCGAGGAGAGGUCGGGGAUUGGAAGAAUCAUUUAUCACCGGAGAUGGCGAAGAAGAUUGAUCGGAUUGUUGAAGAGAAGUUUUCUGAGUCAGGAUUAUUUCUUUAAAUAUAAUCCUCCUUUCAUGCAUUGUUGAUCUAGUGAUAUCGUGGUUAAUGUCCGAGCUAGUUCAAGGUCAGGUGAACUUUAAGUUUUCCUUUUCAUUCAUAAUAAAAUAAAAAUAAUUGAAUAUUUAUUCAUUUAGA